AGCUAAAGCAGUAAGCAGCAGCUAAAAAAAGAUAAUCAAUCUAGUUCGUCUAAUCUCAUCUCCACACGAACACUUACGAGCUUGAGCCAUGGCCGCCGCCGUUGAGAUUGACGCUGAGAUUCAGCAACAGCUUACCAACGAGGUCAAGCUCUUCAACCGCUGGAGCUUUGAUGACGUUUCGGUCACAGACAUUAGUCUUGUUGACUACAUUGGUGUUCAGCCUGCUAAGCACGCGACCUUUGUCCCCCACACUGCUGGAAGAUACUCUGUGAAGAGGUUCAGGAAGGCUCAGUGCCCAAUCGUUGAGAGGCUCACAAACUCUCUCAUGAUGCACGGAAGGAACAACGGUAAGAAGCUGAUGGCUGUGAGGAUCAUCAAGCACGCCAUGGAGAUCAUCCAUCUCUUGACUGACUUGAACCCUAUUCAGGUUAUCAUUGAUGCCAUUGUUAACAGUGGUCCACGUGAGGAUGCUACUAGGAUUGGAUCUGCUGGUGUGGUGAGGAGGCAGGCUGUUGAUAUCUCUCCUCUAAGACGUGUGAAUCAAGCCAUCUUCUUGCUCACCACUGGUGCACGUGAAGCUGCCUUUAGAAACAUCAAGACAAUCGCUGAGUGUCUUGCUGAUGAGCUCAUCAAUGCUGCUAAGGGAUCUUCCAACAGCUAUGCCAUCAAGAAGAAGGAUGAGAUUGAGAGAGUUGCUAAGGCCAACCGUUAAGGAGGAUCUUCCUAGGCCUUGAGUUUGCAUUACAUCUCAAAGACCUUAUCUUGCUGUUUUUCAUUAGAGCUUUGGAUAUGUUUCAGAAGAUGUCCCUAUCUUUUAAUGAAGUUUUUUUUUGAAUCUUGAUCAAAACGGUUUCAUGUCUAAGAAUAUUUUCAUCUUUA